AUGUCUUCUUCCGAGGAGGAGUUUGAGAGUUUGAUUGCGACGCGCGAGCGGCGGUCGAACGCCGGGUCGCGGCUCAAGAAGCUGCUAGAGGCCGAGGAGGACGAGGUGCUGGGCGAGGAGGACGAAAACGUGCAGCUGCUGUUUGCGGAAGAGGGUGAGGACAACGAGUGGAGCGACGAGAGCGAGGACAGCGAGGAGCAGGAGGAAGAGCAGGAUGAGAGGGAGGCUGGCGCGGCCGAGGAGGGCGCCGAGUCCGGCUCGCCCGAGGCAUUAUCGGACGAAAUGCUGUCGUCGUCAGAGCUGUCUGCGUCGGACACUGACGAGAGCGAGGGCGAGCGCGAAUUGCAGAAGGAACAGAAGCGGCGCAGGAAAAAGGUCGAGAUCCCGGCGAUCCGGAGAAAGCCCGCUGCGACGGCCCCGCGCAAGCGGCGCAAGGUCGACGUGGAGACGGGCGACAGACGGCUCUCGACAAGAACCACCACAGCACAGAAUACACAGGCUAUCCAGGAAAAGCUGGUCAAGAUGCAGGAGCGCCAGUCGCACACCAAGACACGCGUGCGGGAGGAGUACGUGGAGAAGACUCUGGAGGAGAACCUGGAGGAGGCGAAGGUGACAGAGGAAAUGAAUACGCUGUCGCUGAACCUGUUUUUCCAGCAGGAGGUCGAGAAGAAGAAGAAACAGCGCGACCUGAUGAACAGCAAGCGGUUCCGGCUGAUGGAGUAUAUUUCCUUCCAGAGCUUUGGCAAGCUGGUGACGCCGCAGGACGAGCUGGACCGGAUCAGAGAGGAGAAGGAGAGAGAGGAGCUGGCGCGGCGGACGACAAAAAGACGCGGCCGCAGACGCAAGAGCGAGAUCGAGCGUGCUCGGCUCGAGGCCGAGAGGCAGGAGAGGGAGGGGAUGAAGCAGGAGGUGAAGGAGGAGCAGGAAAAGCAGGAAAAGCAGGAAAAGCAGGAGCAGCAGGAGGAAGUACCUGGGGAAGUGGCCGUCAAGGAGGAGACAGGAGACGCUAAUGCGGACAUAAACGAGACACUGAAUGGUGAGAGAGAGGCUGAGGUGAAAACAGCAAACGAAGAGGAUGCUGUAAAGGAAGAAACGACGCAGGACACCGAGGCCGUCGAAGAGGCUGUGGAGGAGGCUGAGGCCGAGACCAAGAGCGUGCCGGUCGAAGGCCCCCCACAGAGGGUGGCUGUCCAGUUCAUCGAGUCGCACCUGCGCAAGGACAUCACCCGCCUGGAGCUCAAGGCGAUCCUAUUUGGGCCGCAGUCGAUCGUCCCCGGCCCGCACCGCGACCCGCACGCCCAGACCAUCUACACAAUCAAGCGCGACUUCCAGAAAGAGCUGGACCUCAGGAAAGUCACCAAGGAGCGCGACGCCGUGUACGAGAAGCUGCUGCAGCUGCCCAAGUUCGGCGAGACGUACCACACGGUCGAGGAUCUCGGCGUGACCAAGCAGACCGACGAGCACGUGAUCAGCGUCACGACGCCGGCGCCGCUGGGCAUCUACCUGCCCAACGGGGCCAAGAAGCAGUGUCCGAUCAACGGGGAGGACGCGAUGUACUACGACCCCUCGAACGGGGUGCCGUACAACUCGGUCGAGGGGUACAAGGUGCUCAAGCACGUUGCCGAGGGCGGCUACUUUUGGACGCAGAUCGACCUCGGCGGCGUCAACUCGGUGUACAAGGGCGGUGUCGGGUGCUACUUUGGCCGCUGGGACGACCGGCACGCGCAGGGCGUGCCGGAGGGAUUUGCUGGGUGA